AUGGAAAAUAGUUCAAUUAAUAUACCAUCACUUCCCCCAAUUUCGUCCUUUGACAGUUUGGUCAGAGCAGCGGAAACGAAAUAUAGAAACGUGGAUGCUGAUUCUAAUGACGAUAGAAAUGGGAGCCCCCUGGGUAAGAAUUUUACUCAUGCGUCUAUGCCCAACUAUAAGAAGACCAUGUUGCCCUCAUCAAGGAGGAGUGGACUCUUAAGUUAUCAAUUAUUAACUUCUAAGAAUAAUAGUAGUGCAAGUAUAUCACAGGAUAGUUACGCAUCCACGAGGACCAGUGACGUUGAAUCAGAAGCACGAGAAGAGUCUAUAGCGUCAGAAAAUAGCAAGGUGGGUGGUGAUCUCAGGGGUAAAAUUACCAUGACAGAACCAUUGGUACUUCCGGCCUCUGUUCCCAUGGAGAUGCCCGUUGCAGCACCAAUUGCUAGCAACGCCGCAACAGCCAUUGAUAUUCCUCCACAAUUACGAGCUGAAACGUUGGCAUCUGUGGAUUACAUGCCCGAAAUAACAAUGGAAGACGGAUUACAUUCUAUCUAUUCCGCUGCCAUGUUAUCCAGUGAUUCAUUAUUGAAGAGAAGACGUGGCGAUAUCAUGUCACCACCCAUACCUAAAUUAAAGACACCUACAAUUGCGACCAAUAAUAGUAAUGUCAAGAGUAGAAGUGUGACACCUGCGGUACCAGCCCCCACGAAUGCGACCCUCAUUAAUGAUCCCUUGGUGUCUGCCAAGACAAAGAGAAGAAAGAAACAAUGUCCCAUUUGUUCCGGGUACUAUGCUAAUUUGACGACACAUAAGGCUACACAUUUAGUUCCCGAGGAUAGACCGCACAAAUGUCCAAUUUGUCAGCGUGGGUUUGGUCGUAACAAUGAUUUAAUAAGGCAUCAAAAGAGACAUUGGAAGGAUGCGUUACCGGAGGGGAAGAAGGCAAGUGGUGGUGGUGCAGUCGCCAAUGGAACGGAGAGUGCACAUGAUCAUUUGAAAUCGUUGCAUCAAUUAAGUGGUGCUUAUAAGUGUCCCUAUAAUUCUACUCUAAUUCAAUUAGAUAUGGAGAUGUACCCGUUCAAGAAGCAAUUAAUUAAUUUCGAGACUUUGAAUUGUCAUCCCUCGGGGAUUUUCUCUAGAGGUGAUACGUUUAAAAAUCAUUUGAAAGCGUUACAUUUCCAAUACCCUGCUGGGACGAAGAAGACAGAGAGGAAUUCUGUUCCUGGUAAUUGUAAGCAUUGUGGUAAACAUUUUGCGAAUGUGGAAGUUUGGUUACAUGAUCAUGUGGGGGAAGAAUGUGGAUAUCGUUAUAAUUAA